AUGAAGAAGAAUCGAGUGGUUGUGAAUGAAGACAUGAUCAGUGAGUUGCCUGAGGCUUUGAUUAUUCAAAUACUGUCUCUACUUCCUAUAAAAUCUGCCAUGGCCACGAGUGUUCUGUUUAAACAAUGGCAGAUUCUCUGGAAGAUGAUGCCUGUACUCAAGUUUAAUUAUUGUGAUCACAUAGCCAAGACAUUUACAGAGAAUGUUUGCAAGUCUUUGCUUUCCCAUAAAGCUCCGAUUCUAGAGAGUUUGCAUCUCAAUUUUAGUGGAGCUACUGAUAUUGGAACGUUGAUUGUAACUGCAGACGCAAGACAUUUGCGAGAGUUAGUACUCAAGGAUGAUUCAAAGCUAACGCAUUUCGGAUUUCCUAGUAGCUUGUAUAACUGUGAAACACUAGAGACCUUGAUACUCAAGCUUAACGUUUAUGUGCUUCCCCCUUCUCAAGUUUGUCUAAAGUCCCUUAAAACUCUACAUCUUCACAGUGGGUUCUUUAAUAACGAAGCAACGGUUGUUAACUUUUUAUCUUGUUUCCCUAAUCUUGAAAAUUUGUUGUUCGAUCCAACUGUAAUCUUCAAAGGCUUCGAGAUUAAGAUUCCUACCGGUAUCAUCUUCAACCAGCUGGUACACUUGGAGCUAUAUGCAAGUAAAGCGUGGGGGAAUCUAGUUACUGUCAUGCUCAAUAACUCUCCUAGAUUGCGACUUCUCAAGCUCAUCAAAGUAAGCAUUUCUUAG